AUGCGUGACUUUACGGAGCGGUGGCCCAUAGGGCCGUUAGAGAAGGGUAUCAUUACUGCCGCUCUCGAACUCGGCUCCCUUAUGGGUGCGCUUGCGGCUGGGGUGCUUGCCGACCACUGCUCGCGCAGAAUAUCUAUCCUGGUCGCUUGUGUCGUAUUUUGCAUAGGGUCCACAUUCCAAUUUGCUGCGGAGACACUGUUUCAACUCACCCUCGGCAGGGCAGUGGGUGGUCUCGGAGUGGGUGCAUUGAGGUACUUCUUACAACUCCACGUCGCCAUUCCCGAGUUGAAUCGAUCGUCCAGUAUGCUUGCGCCUCUGUAUAUGGCGGAGAUCAGCCCCCCGGAGGUCCGUGGUUCACUCAUGGCCCUGGAGCAGUUUGCGAUCGUCCUCGGCGCUGUGUUAGGUUUUUGGACGGGCUUCUUCACGCGCAAUGUCUCUGGUUCAUCCUCCUGGCGUAUACCUCUUGCUAUACAGCUGGGACCUGGAAUCUUGCUAGCUAUUGGGUGCCUGUUCCUACCACCGUCUCCGAGGCUGCUCGUGAUGCAGGGUAGAACGGAAGAGGCCCUCAGCGCGCUUGCGACCUUGCGCCGACGUAGUCCUGAGGAGAGUAUUUCGGACCCAUUACUACAGAUUGAGCUAUUAGAAAUGAAGACGGAAGCAGCGUUGAUCGCGCGAGCAGGUACUGGCAGUGAAAGGGACUUGCGAGAAUUCGAAGGCGGCUUGUUGAGAGCAGAGGCGCGAAGGUGGAUGCGCUUGUUCGGGCGAAAAUACCUCAAGCGCACUGCCAUUGGAAUCAUGAUGAUGUUCUUUCAACAAUGGAGCGGGAUAAAUGCGCUCCUAUAUUAUGGUCCCACACUUAUGCAUUCGAUUGGGUUACAAGGAGAUAUCGUUACACUUAUGGUAUCUGGUGGGAUUGGAAUCGUCCAGUUUCUUGCCGUCUUGCCUGCAAUCAUAUUUAUUGACCGAUCAGGUCGAAAGACACUAUUACGGGGCGGAAGUGUCGUUAUGGCAUUUUCCCACUUCUGUAUCGCAGUGCUAAUCUGGCAAUACGAAGACAGUUGGGCGUCUCAUUCUCUUGCUGCAUGGAUCUCUGUAGGAUGCGUGUACUUGUUCACCGCUGCGUAUGGGACAAGUUAUGGCCCUAUCGGCUGGAUUCUUCCUAGCGAAGUGUUCCCGUUGUCCGUACGCAGCAAAGGGGUAUCGUUGUCGACUGCAUCAAAUUGGCUGAAUAACUUCCUCAUAGGUUUGAUUGUCCCAGGACUCGUAGAGUUUUCCGCUUCAGGCACUUUCCUUGUCUUUGCGACCGCAUGUUUCUGCGGAUACCUCUGGUCAACCUACACCGUACCAGAGACAGCGAACGUCUCGCUUGAGGAGAUUGAUGCUGUGUUUGGCUCCUCGGCGGGACAAGAAGAUGCACUGUUAAAGCAACAGAUUGAGGAGGAGUUGGGCUUACACAACCUCGUUCAACAAUGGGGUCUUUCUACCAUUCGAGAAUGA